GGGUCAAUGGACCUAGAAGUGUUUGGACGUUGGGUGCAUAAUGGCGGGGUUGAGUUUUGUGGUGGGCGACGGGAUCGUGGUAGAAGUAGCAGUCGUGGUUGGAGACGCGGUCGUGGUGGGAGACGCGGUCGUGGUGGGCCGUAUAAGCCACAAUAUUAAAAUGUAUUUUUAUUACUAACCCUUUGUAAAACGAGGUGCACUUUUUUUUAAUAAAAUAUCCUAAAUUUAAAAUGGGCCUAAAUAUUGCCAAAAUUCAAACAAUUGCUAAACUAUUUUUCAGGCUGAAUUUAAAAUAAAUACUUUGAAAAAAACAACAUUUUUUCCAUUGAAAAAAAUAAAUACUUUGAAAAAAACAACAUUUUUUCCAUUGAAAUUAACUAGAUAAACAAAUAUUUUGUCUACCUUGUUUUACGAAGGGUUAGAUGUUAUUAAAUUUGUUAAUUAUCUUAACUCUAUAUUGAAGAAUUUUUUUAUUCCCUUGAUAGAUUCAAAAUUUUAAUGUCAACUGAUGGACACCAUCAUAAAUUAAGCUAUUCCAAAACGAAUAUCAAAUGAGAUAUAUUUUUAUCCACCUUGUUGCGACGGGUAAACGUAAAGGACGGGCGAUCCCGUGGAUUUUUACACGGGCAGGCGUCGUCUGUCUGUUCGUGCCUCUGUUUGUCUUUUUGUUACGGAAAUGUGAUAUAUAAAGGAUGGGCGACCCCUUGUUUUUUCAAAGGGCUACCAACUAGUCUCUAUAAUAAUAGCCGUCGUCUGGGUGUGUGUUCAAAAGGGUUACCGCGUCCUGUUACGGAAACACGAAAUGUGAUAUAUAAAGGACGGGCGACCCCGUGGAUUUCUCCACGGGUUAACGACUAGUCUCUUUAAUAAUAGCCGUAUUUUGUCGGUCUGUCCGCGAGGAAUACGUCGUGUUACGGAAACACGAAAUGAGUUACAUAAAGGACGGACGACUCCGUGGAAUCUUCCACGAGUAACCGACUAUCUCUUUAAUAAUAGCCGUCGUCUGUCUGUGUGUCCGCGAAAGCCGCGUCCUGUUACGGAAACACGAAAUGCGAUAUAUAAAGGACGGGCGACCCCGUGGAUUUUUCCACGGGUUAACGACUAGUCUCUAUUAUAAUAGCCGUAUUUUGUCUGUGUGUUCAAAAGGGUGACCGCGUCCCGUAACGGAAACACGAAAUGUGAUAUAUAAAGGACGGGCGACCCCGUGGAUUUUUCCACGGGCUAACGACUAGUCUCUUUUUAAUAAUAGCAGUAUUCUGUCUGUCUCUACGCAAGAUGGUAACCACAGUAGCAUGACAUGAAAUGCAGUAUAUAGCUAAAGGACGGGUAAACUAAUUGCCUACCCUUUUCAUGCCUUUUCUUAUGCUGUUGCCUGUGCCUCCCAUGCCUUGCUUACCCCUGCCUUGCUGUUUCCUAUUCCAGUUUCCCUGCCUGCCUUUGUCGUGUCUUUGAAUUGCCGUCCUUCCUAUGUCUUUCCUGGUGCCUGCCUACUAUGCCCUUGCCUGUGCCUUCCAUGCCUUGCCUACCCCUGCCAUGCUGAUUCCUUGCCAUCCUUCCUAUGCCUUUCCUGGUGCCUGCCUACUAUGCCGUUGCCUGUGCCUUCCAUGUCUUGCCUACCCCCCUGCCUUGCCGAUUCCCUGCCUGCCUUAGGCCGUGCCCUUUCCUUGCCGUGCUUAAUGCCUUUGCCUUGGCAACCUCUCCGCAACACUUUCUAUACUGGUUGAAAUAAAAUGUACACGUUUGUAAGUUCGUCUUUCUUAAAUAAAAUAUACACGCUUGAAAGUCAGUCUUUCUUGAAUGAAAUUUACACGUUUGUAAGUUCGUCUUUCUUAAAUAAAAUUUGUACGUUUGUAAGUUCGUCUUUCUUAAAUAAAAUAUACACGCUUGUAAGUUCGUCAUUCUUGAAUGAAAUUUGCAUGUUUGUAAGUUCGUCUUUCUUAAAAAAAAUUUACACGUAUGCAAGUUCGUCUUACUUAAAUGAAAUUUACAUGUUUGUAAGUUCGUCUUACUGAAAUAACAUUUACACUUUUGUGAACGAGUCCUACUUAAGUGAACUUUACAUGGGAAGUACGUCUUAGCUACUUACAAGGGAAAUUUAAACGUUUGUAAGCUCGUCUUUCUUGAAUAAAAUAUACACGUUUGAAAGUUUGUCUUUCUUGAAUGAAAUUUACACGUUUGUAAGCUAGUCUUACUUAAAAGAAUGUUAUACGUUGUGAGUAAAUUUUACUUCAAUGAAAUAUACACGUGUAUAAUUGCUUCUUGUCUUAUAAAUAGACUUUACACGUUUGCACGUUUGUCUUUCUUGAAUGAAAUUACUUGUUUAUCUUGCCUAAAUAAAAAUUCAAUUUUUAUCAAGGCAGUUUGCUUCAUAAAUGAAUAUAUGUUUAUAAAAUGUGAAAUGAAGAAUUUUCUUCAUAUACUUCUUAUUUUUUAGCUUAAUUGAUUUUUAUCCAUUUUAGCAGGAGAGACAAUGUCAGUUAUGCAGAUUUUUUUUUUCGUAGGUUCGUGACUGUCUCAAAGAAUGCGUUUAAUCCUCUUUACACACAGAUCAUGUUUCAAACAAAAGUUUUUAUUUCGCGCUUAAUUUUUUACGUUUAACACAUAAUAAUAUUCGUACAAGCGUGAAAUAUUUCUUUCGAAAAAGCAAAUUAUUGCACAUUUUCUAAGUAAAAAUCUUAACGUCACAGUGAUACCUUGAAAUUGAUGAAAUGUAAUGACGUUGACGAUUGAAACUGAUAGGACAAUGAAGCAAAAAUAAACAAAUAAAGUAAAACAAACAAAAUCAUCUAUCCUUGUAAAAACAUCUGGAAAAAUGAUGAUUUAAGGAUUGAAUCUUGCGUUGUCUAGCUCUAAUUUGUAGAAAAAAUAUUUUAAACUAGUCGUUAGCCCGUGGAAAAAUCCACGGGUUCUCUUGUCCUUUUUAUACCGCAUUGCGUGCGUCUCGCUACCUGCGCAGCUAAGCUACCAUUUUGCGUGACAGACGGACAGACAGACGGACGGACAGACGUAUACGGGUAUUAUAAUAUAGAUAAAGAAAAGAAGAUCCCUGUCAAAUCAUUAUGAAAUUUUCUCUGUUCCGACGUGUAACUUGAGAUAAAGUUAGGUUCCAACAUCGAAACUUGAGAUGAAGUUAGACUUUGAACAAUGCUGAAAUUUUAUCACAUUUUUUAACUUGCAUAUGUGCACGGUUUUUGUCGGUUGUUGUGGAUUAAAAUUAAUGUCUGCAAAAUCAAUCACGCAUUUUAAUUGGAAAGCCAGAAUAUGGAUAGGCUUACAUCCUUAUCACUUCUUUACAUUUAUUGGCUGGUAAUCGUCUUAAAAAACAUAUCAACUCAAAUUCAAUAUUUUUCUGCUACAUGCAUGCCUUGAUCAUUUUGUUUCUGCUGUGUAUUUUAUUAUAAAAAUAUAUUUUCUAGGAAGUUUUAUACUUAAGAAGAAGUUGAAAUUCAAGAAUGCACUAACUAUAAAGGUCAGGAAAAAACAUUGUCCGAAUUAGCCUUUUUUACAAGUUUUUAAAGUCUAGUUUUUGACGGUGCCUUUAUUUAAAACACGGGUGACUUUAAUGUGUGGUUGCUUUACACUGGUGUCACAACACUGACGUCAAUUUCGUGUGAACUUUAUUAUGAUGUUGCAACACAUUAGGGCGUGUCUGCUCCCAACUUCGCCCAAUUUUUUCACAAAUUCUUAUCAAUUUUCUAUACAACACUGAAAACAAAGAUCUCUGAGAGUCAAGAUUGUUCACUUUUUAUGUCAUUCUUAUCUUAUUCCGUCCCUCUGUUUGAGGAUUAUUAUAACAUUCAAAAUGUAAACAUUUGAAGUUUGGAGAUGACAUUAAAGUGGUCAUGUUUGUCGAAAGAAUUGACAUCUGUUUACCUGGGAUAAAUUCUUCAUACUGACGUAUUUCGUUUGAAAAUAUCCGUCUUGCAGUAAAUCCUCAAACAGUGGAAAAAUCAUUCCAUCCUAACGAAGAAUGUCAUCUAGCUUUACUUUGUAUUUUUCACCCAGCAGUCUUUGGGGGAGUAAGCUUAAACAAUAAGGAACAAUGAAUAUUCCAUGCGGCGUAAUGGCUGUUGUAAUGACGACAAAGUCAUCAAUUUGAUUUGACAGCUGAAACGGAACAAUGUGACUUUGAUAAAUUACAAGGGAAAAAAGAUUGAAUUAAAAAACUUAAAAUUUUUAUAUAAGUUUACCACCAAUUUUCGAAUUUAACACUAUAAUUUUCGUCAUAAAAAAUGUGUUAUGUAAAGAGGCACAUUCCAUGAAAAUAAUGGCGGCAGGCUCACCUUUACUUUAGCCUGGUGCGUUAAAACAAUUCCAACGACCAGGAGCUUAAUAGUAUGCAUUUCGUUUGUACCUGUGCAUGAUAGAACUUUAAUUUACUAGAACAUUUUUUUAGCGCCAACUAAAGUAUUCUAAAGCAAAAUAAUGUCGUGAUGCUUUAUUUGAUUUCAUCUUAGAACAACACCGAUCAGCUUUUAAAACGAUUUCGGGUUUUAUAUAAAAUUUUUACCGCGUUGGGCCGAAAAAAUCUGGUUCUAAAAAAGUGAUAAAAAUUUGGCGGAUGAAAAAUUAAGGUGGACAUAAUGAAUUUCCUUUUAAAGUACCUUUUUUAAAUUAAUGAUCUAUAUUUGAUAUACAUUAUAAUGCUUGUUGUCUGUCAGUAAGCUAAUAACUAUAAAAUUUUAAAACCUGCGAAGGGUUCAGGAAAAUCUAGAAAUGUAAAUAAUUAUUCGUGCACUUUCAGUGGCGGAAAAUUACAGGAAUUAAGAUCGACUUUGUUUGGGUAAAAAACUGAGUUAUUUUAACCUUGUAUCGUCUGCUCCAAGAGAUUCUUUCUAGAGUGCGGUCAAAAGGUACAUUCUAAUUAUCUCCGCGUGACGUUUUGUUGAAAAUCUGUAAAUUAUUUCGACAUGAAAUACGUUCAUAUUUGUCUGUGAAACAUGUCCAAAAUAAUUAACAGAACAAAUGAGAAAAAGUCUCAAUGGACAUUAAACAUAGAAACGAACAUACUCACCGUGCCGCUACAGUACGUGCUUACAUAUCUUCAUGUGCUUAGCGUUGGCUUGUUAAUUAGGCAGCUGCCAACCAAAAUAAAUAAGUCAACAAGACAAACUUUUCUAAAAACAUAUCCACUUUGCACUUUUGUAUGUUAGAAUAUACAUCGUCUUUGUUCAUACAAACGAUCUCUUUGUUCGUCACGCAAUUUAUUUAUUUUUAUCUUUUCUUUUGCAGUACACAUUUUUUUAUUUUCAGGACGAACUUUUUAAUAAUCUAUGCUCUCCAGUGGAGAGCAACACCCUCCAUUUCGUGAUUUGCAUAAAUUCCGUUCAACUUGUUUAAACAUUUCAUAAAAAAUAAAAUACUCAUCUACCUGGACGUAAUGGCGAGAAUAGUUUUGGUGAAUUACAAUAUCGACGUGGUCAAACUUACUAUAAUAAUUUUACUAUGCAGUUACUCAUUACAUGACGUCGUAUGUUUACAGUCUCCUUGCGGUCACGUGAGGUGGCCUUCGUGUAUGAAAUUGAAAAGAAGGAAAUUGAUUGUGUCCAGUACGGAGAAAAAGAACAGCGAAGAGAAAGCCGUUCGCCGCCUAUUUCACAGGCAACUAUUUACGAAACGAAAAGGAAGAUUCACGUGAAAUGAAAUUAAAAAAAACAAUUCUGAAAGAUAUAAUAUAUAUUUGCCGACUUGUCUUGUUUCUGAGCGUUAACUUGGAAACGAGGCUGAAUUUCAUUACGUAAUAUAGAGUAUUAUUAUUAUUGUUAUUAUUAUUUAUUAAAAUGUCUUUUAAGUUAAAAAGGAAAAAUUUGUUCAAGGUGUUUGUUUUUUAUUGACCGCCCAAGGGAUGGAUGGAUGCACACUCAAUAUUGUCAGUCAGGAGUUUUUGUCAUGACUGGACCCUUACUUGUUACUUAGACCAUCAUCUUUACAUAAUAAUGUUAAAAACAUGGGUUCCGAAUGUUAACCCUAAAUAAAUCUAUAUUAAAAUACCCGUAUACGUCUGUCUGUUUGUCUGUCACGCAAAAUGGUAGCUUAGCUGUGCGAGUAGCGAGACGCACGCAAUGUGGUAUAAAAAGGACGAGGGAACCAGUGGAUUUUUCCACGGGCUAACGACUGGUCAAUGUAAAUAUGAUAGGCUUUUCCAAAUCGCUUUGAACUUAGAUCUACUCAUAGUAUGUCAUAAAAAGGAACGAAAUGGCAGCAAAAAUUUUUGUUUAUGUCAGUAAUUUUUCUGUGACGUUAUCUUUGACAUUUGUCCAAAUUACCAUAUCUGUUUAAAAUUUGAUUACUUUAGUUCCAGAUUAAAUUUCAUUCUGGUUGAAGUUUCUGUUAGCCAAAUAAAAGUUAAACUAUUUUUCGGUUUUCACAUAUUGUGCAUUAAGUAAGGCUUAAAAUUUCCAGAAAAUCCGGCUUUUUCCAAGUUUCAGGUAAAAUUAAAAAAAACCCUAGAAAAUCGAGUUAAUCACUUGUUUAAAUUGCAAAAUGAUUUCCCUCGAUAAUAAAAUAAAGUUGUGUUGUAAGUUUUAAGUCCGAAGGAAACGAAAGUUAUAACCUGCACUACAAUACAAUCCACCACAAAAAAGUUCGGAAAUAUAGGAUCUUAAGGCGUGCUGACGUCAGCGAAAAAUUAAUAUUAUAUAAUUUUUUAAAUCUAAUCAAAUAACCUAAAAUCCGAAGUUCUAAGUCCACCACAUAUAGACACAGAAACCUUGACAAGUUUCGAGUGCGUAUGAAUUACCCAGCAACGCCCUUCUUGAUUGGUUAAGAGCUUAGUUUCGCUUUUUUUGCAUUAAUUUAUAUCCAGGAUUGUGAGCUUUCUAUACAUUCUCAUACAUAGUUUUCAAAGCAGCGUAUAGUGGAUUGCAAAAGAUCUUUUUUACGUUUUUUAAGAAUUUUAGUGUAUUCGCAUUUUUACAAAGCACAGUUCGUGAUCUAUUUUCUUUGAAAACCUAAGCGAAAAAAAAAGAUAUGACAAAAAGGUGAUUUUAUCAAAUAUUUUAUCAAGGUCAAAGUUUGUAACUAACUUUUAUACCUAUAUACUGUUAAAGCCCUGAGAUUUUCAAUUCGUUUUUAUCAAUAUUCAAGCUUUUUAACGUUAUCUACGCGGGAGAAAUUUGCUCCUUAAAACCACAUCACCAAAUCAGAAAAAGGCCCCAAAGUCAUUUCAUUCAUUCAAAGAUAGAAACUGCUGAUAAACUUUAAGUAGCAAACAAAAAAAGUAAAUAAAAGAAAUAUAAAGAAAUUCCGGUUUCAUGACCUGGACUUCGUUUCGUAUAAAGAUAUGUGUCGACCCUGAUAGUUAUCUCAAGGCCAGUAUUUUUAAGUAACACCUGUCUAAAAAGAGUAAUAUAUUUAAACUUUGUUACGAGGAAUUUAGUCUAGGCAUGAAGGCCUGGGAGAGAUUUUCUGGCUGUAAGACACAACAAAAGUUAGGGACAUCAAUCUGUAUUCAAAAUAAUCUCUUUGUAAAAAUGUCCAUUUAUAUUGUUGUUUAAAAUGGCUUCUAAAUUAAUACUUUAUGGCAAGGAUGCACGAAAUAUGCAACACGACUAACAACGUUUGUGUAUUUUUCCACGGUCUGCUAAAUAGUUUUCCACAUUAUUUUUAUUCGUAUUAUGAAAAUAACUUCGAAUAACUUAUAAACAAAUAUAUUUUAGAUAAAAGUCUAAAAUCCUUCUAAUAUUAUUUGUCAUCGCUUGAAACCAUUUUCCACAUAUGCCUCAAAUUGAAAUUCAGUGCCAAAAAUAUAUCUGGAUAGGAUUACAUAACAGUGUCUUGACCUGUGUCUUUUAAGAAAACAAACGAAAACAGCGUAUCACUUUGAUGGCUACCUAAUCUGACAGCUUGUCAAGUCACCAUGACCAGUGUCAAUACUAAAUGUUUUUACGGUAAAGAAAGCAGUUAUUAUAAAUAGCAUAGGAUCGUAUAUUUGCCAAGUACUAUAUGCGCUAAUGCUACUUCAACGGAGUGUUGUUAUAGGAACAAAAUGUUCGUUUUCGUUUCAUUCACGCACGUAUAACGCUGUUUUUGAAUCGUCAAUGUUACUUAUCAGGUUUUCCUUGCAUGUCAGAGCAACGAAAAUGUAUAUCGAAUUGAGAAGAUUUACUGACGAUGUCCUUUUCCCAAACAAAAUUUAGAACUUUUGAAUACCUUUCUUUGAAUACCUUUCCUUUUGAAUACGUAUAACUUGUACAUCGGAGCUUGAACAGUACAGAUAGCAUGUCACUUGUACAGAGUAGACAGUUCUAUAGUGCAGACAGAAUGUCACUCGCGUAGUAUAGAUAGACAGCAUGUCACUAAUACAGUAUAGACAACAUGGUAAUUGCGCAAUGUCAACAUCGUGUCACUUGAAUGGGAUAAGCAGAAUGUCAUCUGUGCAAUGCAGACAGCGUGUCAUUUGUAUCCACAACGUUUUUACUUCAUCAUUGUCCAUAUACGACGCGUAUGUUGCAGCGUAGACGACGGUAAUGACAAAAGAACGGCAGCCCUCAAUUUUAAGUAUGGCCUCACCCAGAAAGAAAUUAAACUGAUGUAAAUAAAUUUUGUUGGUGUAAUGCGGAUAAAGAGAUAUGCUUUUUCUAGACAAGUCGACUAAACUUCAAGUGUUUUUGUGUUGUAUAUGCGCCAACCUUUUGAUACAUUUAACUAAUACUUCCAUAUAUUUUGUUACUAGUCUACAAUAACUUUUCUUACAAGCAGCUACUCUUUUAUAUUUAUUAAGUCUCUAAAUAAUACUUCUGUUAUCGAAAUUACAUACAUACAUAAUGUUUUUACUUAGUACUUAAUAUUUUACUCUACUCUGUUGACAUAUUUUCUUAAUUAAUCUACUCUUAGAGUAUGCAUCUACAAAUAAAUUUCUACUCCUCGAGCGCACAUAAAAUAAAAGUGAAACGUUUUUUGUCAUUGUCAUACUUCAAUCUUCAAAGGAUACCCCUAAUGGUUAAUGAUUACAAGGUUUGGACUAAAACGUUCAUUUUAUUAUAAGAAUGAUAUGAAAACGUUAAUAAUAACAACAAAAAUAACAGCGACAACAAUUACCCUGAUUGUAAUCGAUUGGGAUUUUGUUUGUUUAUUUAGCUUUAAUUACUUGAAUUAAUGGAUGAGUAACGUACUGAGUUAUACCCUUGUUACACUCGGUACUUAUAAAGAGCUCUGUAAUUUGUAGUGAACUAAGGUCUUGUUUCUAUUAUAACGCAAGAAUGAUUUGAAAGAUUCAUUUAUAAUUUGAUGAUCAUCUCUGACUUUCGCUGCUUCUUCGCAUUUUCCUUUUUUUCUCAAUUUCUAGAUUAAUUUUUUAACAGCAAUAACCUAUAAGCUACAUCAACAGGAAACGAAGCAACUGAAGUUAGUAACGAAAAAUUAAAAAAAAAAGGAACAGUUUCGGGACUUUUCGUUGUGCAAGUCAUGUGAGGUACGCAACGAUGAAUUUUCCCCCGCGAAUUAAAACUCACGCAAAGUUUGAUACGACCUCGAAAUUUAAUUCACACCACAUUUUAUUCAACUGGAUUAUUAAACACUCACACAAAAAUAUAUCUUAAUCAAUAUUUUUUAUAUUCGAAUUUUCACAACCUCUGUUUCACAAAAAAUGUGUAAUUGAACCUUAGCAAUAAUUUUGAGAUUUUGUUUGUAUAUUUCUAUUGUUGGUAUUAUGUGACUUUAAUACCUCUAAUUGCAAAGUAAUGUGCACGCGAAAUUGUAUCCACGAAAGCAUGUCCUAAAACAUUGUCAUACGAAGAGAAAAGAUGUACUUUUUCAUUAACGGAGGUCUAGAUUCAAAUCCUAAUCCAGUCGUAACAGCGUCUAACAUUAAAAAUAUGCUUCCUGCUAAUUUCUCGCCAUGACAAUAGGAUAAUAAUUAUUCCCUAGGCGGUUGUUUAAUUGCUCAAGCUUUGCGUUAGGAGCAUUCUUCAUUACUAAAAUGGCUCAGAAUUUGCCAUUAACUUAUAAAAUUAGGAAAAUAUAGAUUAAAAGAUAAAAUCUAUUAUCGACUUUUUCUGCGAUAUUUACGGACCAAGAUUUUUUAUCUUUCUUCCGUCAUAGGGUUUCUUAUCCACAUUUUGAGACUUUGAUAGUUGUGCCCUUUGAUAUGCCAUUUGAUAUCGAGAGGGCGAAAAGACUUAAAAAGAGACAAAGAACCCUGGAAUCCAGGUUGUCAAAGUCUCAUUCAGUUAUUGUACCAUUGGAAAUAUCACAAAGUCGCAUUCUCGAACCCACUCUUUUUAUGGUUGCAAGAAUCAUUUAAAUAGAUUCCUAAUAAUCAAAAUCGUUCCUCUGAGGAGGCGCUUAUUCUUGACAGGCGCUCUGACAAGAAGGCACUUAAAAAUAAUGAUAAUUACUAUUUUUAUUAGUACUUACCCAAAAGAGCCUCUUCACUUCCUAGUGUAUUGUUAUAAAAAAGAGUCCAGCAAAGGGGUUCCUAAGUACAUUCAAGUUCCCAUAGAACCUACGGAGGGCGUACAAGGACAAUUUCCGCUCAACUAGACAACCGCCUAAGAUAUCAAUCCUAUUAUCUUGCGAAAAGUUAAGCAGAAAGGAUUAAUUUACACUUUUAUAGUGUAUAACAUGACUCGGUCGGAUUGAACCCAGCGAAUACUUUACCACAAGGCAACCAAUCGGUAACAAAAGUAAGUUUUCAUUGUGUGAAGCAAACACAACUGGAGUUAUUCUUUGUUGAUAUGAAAAUGAAUAGACUUAAAACUCUUGUAGUUUCAAUUAUGUUCCCCUAAAUUCAGAUAAGCACCUCCGUUCUAAUAGCUAAUCACAAAACAGCGCUCCUUCUUGUGAUAUUCUUGUGAUAUUGAUGCGGAUUUAAAUUGCGCACUUAUGGAAUACGCCUUUUUUUAAGGAAUUUUAAUUUUGACUGAAGUUUAAUGUUGCUUAUCUUAGAAAGUAGUAUUUUUUCAGAACAUGAGUAAAAGUUAUGAAUUGUAAUUUAACAACAGGACCCUAAUAACUUGAACAAACUCGUUAGCAUCAUUUGGGAUUUUAUAAAUAUUAGCUGAUGUCAGCAGUGAGUGGUACGCUCUGGGUUGUGAAGAUGUAAAGAGACUGGGUACUAAUUUGCUUUAUAUCCGCAAGUUUUCGUACAGACGUGUCAUAUCUUUAUCCAUAAAUCCAGUUGCUAAGCUACCGCUUGGUUUGUUGUCGAAAAUUAUCUUGCAUAUUUUGAAGCAGGACAAACAAUGUUGCGCAAAUCGCCGUAAUAAAACGACUGUUAAUUUGGACACAUAUACGUCUAUUAUGGUCUCAAUCCCGUCAAAACGUCCGAAACAGUAGUGAACACAAACGAAAUGUAAUUCCAGCCUAAGAGUCAGCAGCUUCUCGAUUUAAUUCUCUAUUUACACUUCAAGCUAAUCCUUUCUUGUUUAAUAAACCCAGGAUUUUAUACAUAGGCAGGGCAGUUAAAAAAAAUCACGACUUUAAUAAAGAGAUUUAAUGAAAGAAUUUGUUUUAUACAAGCAACAAAAUUAUCUAUUGUUUGUUGUAUAAUACCAUCAAUAACAUUUAAAAUUCACCUCAUCAAAACCUCUUUGUUUACAGAUCGUUGCACGGAUAAUAAACGAUUAUUACCUACGGUUAGUUUAUCGUUUUACGUAUAAACAGAGAAAAAAAAUCAUAUCUAGCUUGAUUUGAUCAAAAUAUGCUGUCUGGUCAAGACAAACAAAUUGUUGUAUACUUGUAAACAAAUUUGUUUCUUACGUUGGCUCAAAGAUUGAAUUCAGUAAGGCUAUGGUUGCAUUGCAUUGUGGGAAUUCAAGAACACACUCUGUGGUGAAGAGACAUGUCAACUAGAAGAAGCAGAAAUCGUCAUGAUGGAGAUGAAUUGUCCGAACAGAAUGGACCGCGAAGAACAACAAGACCAAGAGAGGAUGACGGAGAUAACAACGUCAACAGAAGAAGACAAAGAUCGAAACUACACGACGGAGAAAAAGAAGAUACGGAUGACGAAUAUGAAGAAACGAAGAGGAAUAGGAAAGAAAAGAAAACCGAGACUUUUGAAACACGUAGAUAUUCUGAUGAUGACGAUAUUUCAGACGAUGAACCUCAAAACAGAAGCAGAGAAAGACGGAGACGAAGAGAUGGUUAUGACCGCAGUAGAAAACAAAUAAAUCGAAGGGACAGAGAUGAAGACGAUGACGCAGAAGAAGAAGAUGAAAACGAAGACGAUGGAGACCGCAGAAGAAAGGCAAGUGAAAGGAGUGCCACACGUAGAACUAGAGGGGUCGAUAAAAAUGAAGAAAGUGUACAAGAAGAAACUGAAGGAGGGAGACGAAGCAGAAGAAAAAAAAGAAACGACAAUGACCAAAAUGGUGAUCUAGAAUCUACACAUCGACGAACGCGAAGGGAGGAUUCAUAUAAUAAUAAGGAGUCAGAGGAAAGAGAAAGUAAUAAUGAGGAAGACAAAGGUCGGAGGCCUUUACGCAAGAAUAAUACAUCAACAGCUGAUACAGAGAAAGAUGAGUUGAUAACAUCAAAUGCAGAAGACAUCACAGAACAAAAGGGCAAGGAAGAUGAAGAUGAAGAUCUGAUGAAACGAUGGAAAAACAGACCAAAGUUUGAAGAAAUGGAUAAAAGUGAAGAAGAUAAUGCAACCUUAUCUGAAGAAGAAACUGAAAAAGCAAGAAAAAAAAUUCCCUUCAGCAAAUGCAAUGGUGAAAGUGAAAGGAAAGGUGUUAAAUCAGAUAAAGUUGAAAAUGCGCUAAGUUGCACGGGAUCAGAUACUUUACCAGAAAUUAAUAUCAAUGAUCUAAGUCUUAGCACGGAAGAUGUUAAUGUUGAUACUGAUGUUACAGAAAACAAAGAAGAAGAAACAAAUAAGACAAUCAAGCAAGACGCUGAACCAAGUAGGCCGUCAAAACCAAAAUCAGCUAAAGUGAGAAAUGAUGAAAAAAAGAAAAAUUCCGAUGAAAACAAUAAUUUUGAGGCGUCAAAGGUAAAACAAACUGAUAAAGAAUUAGAGGAAUCAUUAAAGCGCAUAAAAAAUAUACCAGAUUUAGGAAAGGUUGCUAAAUCUGCGACUCUCAGUAAUUUGAUGGACACAUACUUAAAUAAAGACUAUCUUAUUGGUCGAAGUAAACCAGCUACUUUAUCCAAGCCUCAAGCGACUGUUGUAGAAAAGGAGGAAGAAUCAGAAAAUAAUUUAAAUACCAAUCGACUGAUAAACAAAAAACAACCACCUCCGCCUGUUCGAAAUAGACCAUCGCGUGGUACAAAAUCUUGGGACGAACCAAAAGAACAACUAAAACCAAAGAACAGAGACGCACAAUGGCCACCUAAAGAACCUCCGAAAGAUGUAGGGGCAUAUGUUGUUGAAAGUUAUGGAAAAACUGAUCCUUAUUCCAAGAAAUUAAUCAAAGACAUACAGAGAACGAAAAGGGAAGAAGAAGAACGGAGACAAAAAGAAAAAAGGGCUGAAGUCGUCCAAGAAAGAACAAAGCCCGUUUCCACGCUACGUUCUUCUUUUAUACACAAACCGGCUAAACCUCGACCCGGUGUACAGAAACCGGAAUCAAAUCUUGCUGGCGAGAGGUCGUGGAUUAAACAUGAAAAGAAACCGGUCGAGUUUGAUAAACCUCCGGACGAACCGGACUGGAUGCAAUUAAUCCGAAAUCGUAGAUGGAAGUCGACUGUUAAAGCCCGAUUUCCAUGCAAGUCUUCCGAUAAAACUGACUUUGAAAGAAGAUCAACAACUCCGAGAAAUUGGAAAAAGUUGGCCAAAGAUAAAAAUGCGUUGCGGAUGUUGUCCGAGGUGGUUGGGAUAGGAGCUGAAGGCGAGGAGCUUUUCAUGAGGCUAGCAAAUCAACGCCAAAAAGUCGAAGAAGAGCAAGAAGCGUUGGAUAAAUUGACUGAACAAGAACUAAUGGCGUAUGAAGUCGCUCGUGAAACUCUGGGAGAAGAUGUGGCUUAUAAUCUGCAAAUGGAUAAUCCGCUUCCUGCAGCGAGAAUGAGACCUGUUCUGAAUUCAUCUUCCACAGUAAAAGAAGGCAGCCUAUAUGGUAGCAGGGAUGAUUUGAACUCAACUACAUCCUCUAAUUACCCAUUUACUACAUCACAACUGGAAGCUGCCUAUUUAACCAACCAGCUCAUCCGGUUACAUCCCGAGGAGUUCCGAAAAUUAAUGUCGCUAGAACGAUCACGACAAGCAACUUUAAGGUGGCAGUUUUCGUCGGAUCCUUUUGAUUCGGUGCACGAACAUCAGUCGUUGCCAAUGGAGAUCGCGUUACUUGCUUCGCAGGAGCCUCGUAUUCAACAAGCAAUGAAGAAGCUCUUGGGACAAGGCGACGAUUCAGUUUUUGGGACGCCUGCCCCUGGUCAAUACAGAAGUCGCCGAACUCAGUCAGAAGGAUUUGGUAGCCAUAGGUACGCAGGUUCGGAAUCCGAUUACGACGGAUACGAAAGCAGUCAAUCAGUUUCUUCUAAUUCGUCUUUUGGAGGUCCUCGUGGAAGACCUAGAAAGAAAAAACUACCUGUACCGCCACCUGUACGCCCGCGUGGACGCUCUGCAAGUCCUUUAAUGAUGAGCCAAAGACUUGAUUCAGCGAAAAAUCAAGCUAACCCAACCUUAACUGGUUCACGCAUAAAUGGUACAAACAGAGAUAAAACUAUAGACGACGAUCGUGAAGUACAUUCGCAUGGUUUGUUUACAGACGAAGAGUUAAAGCUGAGUGAGGAGAUUGCUCAACUUCAAGAGAUGACGUCUAACAUUGGACGAGAUAUCGACGAGGAAUUAAAAGGUAUUGAAGCGUCUUUGGAGGAUAGAAAGAAAGAUUUCCUGAAAGAAGCUGUACGACAAGAAAGGUUUAACAAGAGACAAGAUGUCCCAGAUAGUAUAGAUUUGACUGAGAUUGCAUCAAGAAGACACAGUUUUAUAGAGAAAGACCUCGAAUCUAGCAACACUAAAGAUGUUCGAGAACAACGUCCAAAAGCACGACAUAAAGUCCGUCGCAUUAAUAGUAGCGCUGCACUUGACGCAGUUUUUAGAAGACGUCGACAAAUAUCAGAAUCUGACGUUGAAGAUACCGAUAAUGAAGACACUGGCGUAAAAGAUGGCGGACGACAGUCGGAGAAAGCGACGGAAGAAAUGACAAGUUUAGUUAAAGAUAUAAAUAAUACGUUUGGUUUUCAAAAUGGAUCAUAAAAUAUGAUUCUUUAAAAUCCAAGUAAAUAAAAUUUCAAAACCUUUACUCCAUUUAGUGCGCUCCACCGGAGUGUUUAUUCACAUCGCUUUGUUUUUUCUAUUGGAAAACUAAUCAAUCCUGUUAUAUCAUGCAUUAACCUACUUAAAUAUAAAAUUAAAAAGAAAUUAUGCUGUGGUUAAACUGUCCUUAAUAAAUAUGCUUAUAAAGCCUUUUACUUAGACAUCGUUGUGAUCGUUUUUUGUUUUAAAUAUCUUUUGUUUUAGGAGCCUUUUUCCCAGGUUUUAUUCUUAUAACCACUGGAGGACUGGGAAUAGGUUGUGUAUAAAGUUGAAUUUCAAAUAUUUAAUAUCAGAUCUUA